AGGGGCGGGGCCGACGCCGGCGGCGGGCGGGGUUCGCAGCUCUGCUCCUCCGAGAGCAGCUGGGGCCGCGGUGCUGGAGCUGGAACCGGAGCCGGAGUCCGCGCCAGAGUCGGAACCCGGGGCUGGGCCGGAGCGGGCUCCAUCGACAUGGGGUCCGCAGACUCCAAGCUGAACUUCCGGAAGGCUGUGAUCCAGCUGACCACCAAGACGCAGCCCGUGGAAGCCACCGAUGAUGCUUUCUGGGACCAGUUCUGGGCAGACACGGCCACCUCGGUGCAAGAUGUCUUUGCGCUGGUGCCAGCAGCAGAGAUCCGGGCUGUGCGGGAGGAGUCACCCUCUAACCUGGCCACUUUGUGCUACAAGGCUGUGGAGAAACUGGUCCAAGGAGCAGAGAGUGGCUGCCACUCGGAGAAGGAGAAGCAGGUCGUCCUGAACUGCAGCCGGCUGCUCACCCGAGUGCUGCCUUACAUCUUCGAGGACCCCGACUGGAGGGGCUUCUUCUGGUCCACAGUGCCCGGGGCAGGGCGUGGAGGGGGUGAAGAGGAAGAUGAGAACGCUCGACCCUUGGCCGAGUCCUUGCUCCUGGCCAUCGCCGACUUGCUCUUCUGCCCAGACUUCACCGUGCAGAGCCACCGGAGGAACAACGUGGACUCAGCAGAAGAUGUCCAUUCCCUGGACAGCUGUGAAUACAUCUGGGAGGCUGGUGUGGGCUUCGCUCACUCCCCACAGCCCAACUACAUCCACGACAUGAACCGGAUGGAGCUGCUGAAGCUGCUGUUGACAUGCUUCUCAGAGGCCAUGUACCUGCCCCCAUCUCCAGAGAGUGGCAGCACCAACCCCUGGGUUCAGUUCUUUUGUUCCACAGAAAACAGACACGCACUGCCUCUCUUCACCUCGCUCCUCAACACCGUGUGUGCCUAUGACCCUGUGGGCUACGGGAUCCCCUACAACCACCUGCUCUUCUCCGACUACCGCGAGCCCCUGGUGGAGGAGGCUGCUCAGGUGCUUAUCGUCACCUUGGACCAUGACAGUGCCACCAGCACCACCCCCACUGUGGAUGGCACCACCACGGGCACUGCCAUGGAUGAUGCUGAUCCUCCAGGGCCUGAGAACCUGUUUGUGAACUACCUGUCCCGCAUUCAUCGUGAGGAGGACUUCCAGUUCAUCCUCAAGGGGAUAGCCCGGCUGCUGUCUAACCCCCUGCUCCAGACCUACCUUCCCAACUCCACAAAGAAAAUCCAGUUCCACCAGGAACUGCUCGUUCUCUUCUGGAAACUCUGUGACUUCAACAAGAAAUUCCUCUUCUUUGUACUGAAGAGCAGCGACGUGCUGGAUAUCCUGGUCCCUAUCCUCUAUUUUCUCAACGACGCCCGGGCAGAUCAAUCUCGGGUGGGCCUGAUGCACAUCGGGGUCUUCAUCCUGCUGCUUCUGAGUGGGGAGAGGAACUUUGGGGUACGACUGAACAAGCCCUACUCAGUGCGAGUGCCCAUGGACAUCCCUGUCUUCACCGGCACACAUGCAGAUUUGCUCAUCGUGGUAUUCCACAAAAUCAUCACCAGUGGUCACCAGCGGCUGCAGCCCCUCUUCGACUGCCUGCUCACCAUUGUGGUCAACGUGUCGCCCUACCUCAAGAGCCUGUCCAUGGUGACUGCCAACAAGCUGCUACACCUGCUGGAGGCCUUCUCCACCACCUGGUUCCUCUUCUCCGCGUCCCAGAACCACCAUUUGGUCUUCUUCCUCCUGGAGGUCUUCAACAACAUUAUCCAGUACCAGUUUGAUGGCAAUUCCAACCUGGUCUACGCCAUCAUCCGAAAGCGUGGAGUCUUCCACCAGCUGGCCAACCUGCCCACUGACCCACCCUCCAUCCACAAGGCCCUUCAGCGGCGGCGGAGGACACCGGAGCCCCUGUCCCGCACUGGCUCCCAGGAGGGUGCUUCCAUGGAGGGGUCCCGCCCCGCCGCCCCUGCAGAACCAGGCACUCUUAAGACCAGCCUGGUGGCCACCCCAGGCAUUGACAAGCUGACAGAGAAAUCCCAGGUUUCAGAGGAUGGAACCUUGAGAUCCCUAGAGCCUGAAUCCCAGCCAAGCUCUGCAGAAGGCAGCCCGUCUGAGGGGGAGCCCAGCCAAACAUGGAGAGAUCAGCGGCGAUUGUCCAGCACAUCGGCCAGUGGCCAGUGGAGCCCAACAUCAGAUUGGAUCUUGUCCUGGAAGUCCAAGCUGCCUCUGCAGACCAUCAUGCGCCUGCUGCAGGUGUUGGUCCCCCAGGUGGAGAAGAUCUGUAUUGACAAGGGCCUGACGGACGAAUCUGAGAUUCUGAGGUUCCUGCAGCAUGGUACCCUAGUGGGACUUCUGCCUGUACCCCACCCCAUCCUUAUCCGGAAGUACCAGGCGAACUCAGGCACUGCCAUGUGGUUCCGAACCUACAUGUGGGGUGUCAUCUAUUUGAGGAAUGUGGACCCACCCGUCUGGUAUGACACAGAUGUGAAGCUGUUCGAGAUCCAGCGGGUGUGAGGAUGGAGACCCGAGGGAAUAGGGCCAGGAGGGCUGGUCCUAGACCCCAGGCUUCCCAACCCAUUGUUCCGAGCUUUAAAGGACCAUUAUCAGGGCAAGUACAGUGGUUGGUCCUGGAUGGCAGGUCUCAGGAGCCCAUUGUGGCUGGAGAUGACAGGGAGAAAGAAAAAAAAAGUGCCCCUCUGCCCUCUAGACUGUUCUCCUAGGAGCCUUUUGUCUCCAGAGAUGCAAGCCCCACCAGAGCCCUUGCCCACGCCAGCUCCUCCUUCAAGACCUGCCCUUGUGCCAGCGGCUGCUCCUGGAGGCUGCCAGGUCACAGUGCCCUAAUUAGGUUUUCCCAAAAAGGAGCCAUGUGCUGUCCCUUGGGGCACCUGGUCAUGAUGAAGGAAGUCCUGGCUACCUAGCCUGAGACUACUGUUCUAGGCCCUUUCCCUGCCGGGGCCCUUGGGGAAAGAAUGGCUGAGCUGCUGGCCAAGGAGGCUGGGGGCUGGCAGCUUAUGAAGCAGGACUGGCGAGUGGGCUUUAGGGACCUGGAGUGGGGUAUGGAGGGUCCACUGUUACCGUCUUCGGGCCGGUGGGUAUUGCCUGACUGCUGGGGCCCGAAGGAUGUCAGUGCCCCUGCCCUAUCCACUGCCCGGGCGGUGGGGUACCACAUUCUACCAUCCCCAGCUCUGGCCUCUAGGUCUCCCCUGCCCCCACCUGUCAGUACAAUCUUUGCUCUGUACAAUCGGCCACUUUACACAAUAAAAUGUCUCUCUCUGUG